AACAACUCCUAGUCUCCUACACUGUUCCAACAUUUAGCUUACACCCAACUUCUUUACCAAUCUGUAGUUCAAAGUCUCCCUCUCGAUCAAGAUUCUCUUCUCUUGCAAACUCAGAUUGGUUUUGUUGUAACAGAGCAGCUCUACAGAAAUUCUUAUAGAGACCCAGGAAAAAAAAAAGAAAAAAAAAGCAGAUUAUGUCGACAUCAAGAUCAAUUCUUCCUUUCAAUGGCCUUCCUAUUGGCUCUAAUUCUCUCGGUCGCAGGUCUCAAGGUUCAGCUCGUAAUCCUAAUCAUCUUCUGGUUGUCUCAAAAGGCAUCAUCGGCAGCUGUUUUCUUGGAAAUGGUUUGCGGCUUCUCAACACCGGCCUGACAGGGCUGGUUGUCGGCAAACCAAAGAUGGCUGUCUGUGGCAGUGUUCUACCAGGAGCUCCGCUUCCUUCUGAUCCUUCUCCCGGUUCAUGGAAAGUUUGGAUAUUUGGAAUGAUAGCGACGGUAAUUAUACCAUUCUUGGGGAAUAAAUGGGGACCAUUACUGAAGCUGAAAAGGGAAGUUGACGCGGCUGCGGAUCGAGUAGAAGCAGUAGCAGAGGCCAUAGAGAAGGUGGCUGAGCAAGUGGAUAAGGUAGCAGAAGACAUCGGCGAUGACCUUCCGGCAGGCGGAAAACUCAAAGAAGCUGUGACGGUUAUUGAACAUCUAGCCGAGAAAGCAGCCAAGGAUGCCCAACUGGUUGAUGACACGAUAGAGAAGUUUGAAGAAGUGGAGAAGCAGGUGGAGUCAUUGAUUGAACCACUGACGGAGGAAGCCAAACCUAUGCCUAAAGAAGCCAAAGUGGUCUCUAAAGAAGCCAAAGUGGUCCCUAAAGAAGCAAAUGGUCAAUUAUAAUAAGUAGACAAUAAAUAUUUAACACAUCCAGGGCAAGUUAUGGGCUUUGACUUGUAAUUUUUUUUU